CUGCUGCGAAACACACAUGCUGAAGGACUACUCUUAUAGAAAUCUUCUUUCUCUGCAAAGGUAAACUCUAAAACUGAAGGAUUCCUCUUCAAGAAGUGGCAAACACUGUGUUUUUAAAAUUUUUUCUGCACCUGAAAAGAAACUGAUUGCAAAGUCCAUGGUGAUCAGAGCACAGAUGGAUGGAAACAGCUUAGUGUAUCUCCUGGUCCUGUGUGCCCUCAAUAAGCUGCUGGUGGAGGCAAACUCUGAGGAGGGUUACCAGGAGCAUCUAAAUCAUCGGGGCGAACAUCAGUCGACAGGGAACCAAAUCGCCACAGCCCAGUACGAAUGUUUCCAAAGGAUUAUAAAAGAAUCACACCGCAAAACUAAAACAAUAGGGCCAGUUUGCAACGCGACGUGGGAUGGGUGGCUGUGCUGGGAUGAAACUGAACCCGGACAAACAGAGCAGAGCUGUCCAGACUACUAUCACGAUUUUGAUCCUCAAGCAAUGGCAUCCAAAGUGUGCACGGAGACGGGAGAGUGGGGACGCCACCCCGAGAGCAAGAGGACGUGGACAAACUUCACAAACUGCCAUGCCAACACGACACAUCAUGGGACAGCGGCAAUGACUCACUUCUAUUUGGUCAUGAUUGGUCACGGCCUGUCGCUGGUGUCACUGCUCAUAUCAUUAGGAAUAUUCUUCCAUUUUAAGAGUCUGAGCUGCCAGAGGAUAACGCUCCACAAAAACCUCUUCCUCUCAUUCGUGUUAAACUCCAUCAUCACCGUUGUCUGGCUUACAACAGUGGUAAAGAAACAGGGACACACCUACAAUGAUUCGGCGAGCUGUAAGCUGCUCAUGUUCAUCCACCUGUAUCUGUUGAGCUGUAACUACUUCUGGAUGCUCUGCGAGGGCAUCUACCUGCACACUCUGAUUGUUGUGGCAGUGUUUGCAGAAAAACAGUAUCUCAUGUGGUAUCAUCUGCUGGGCUGGGGUUUUCCACUUGUGCCAGCGGUGAUACAUUCAAUAGCACGCCACUGCUACUACAACGACAAAUGUUGGGUCAGCUCAGAUACGUCAUUGCUGUACAUUAUCCACGGCCCCAUCUGUGCAGCACUGGUGGUGAAUCUUUUCUUCCUGCUCAACAUCGUUCGGGUUCUCAUCACCAAGCUGAGAGUGACGCACCAGGCCGAGUCCAGCCUCUACAUGAGGGCCGUGAGAGCAACCCUCAUCCUCAUCCCUCUGCUCGGCAUCCAGUUUGUCUUGCUCCCCUACAAGCCUCAGGAUGACUGGGUCUCUGAGAUCUACCUGUAUGUCAUGGAGAUCCUUAUGCACUACCAGGGUCUCUUGGUCUCUACAAUAUUCUGCUUCUUCAAUGGGGAGGUGCAGAGUGUUCUGCGGAGACACUGGAACCAGCAGCGGAUGCAGUUCGCUGGCACCUUCGCCAAUGCCGACUUCUUCCGCUCGGCGUCUUCCGUGGCGUCGUCGCUCACAGAGGUCCACCGCUGCUAUAGCAUCGAAAGCCACACUGAGCACAUGAACGGCAAGAGCUACUCGGACAUAUUCAGAUCGGACAGUCCUUUCGUGUGAGGGAUCAAUGUUUCUUUGACUUUUCCCAAGAUGUUACUUUUUUUUCUUGGAGUUUUACUACUGUUCAUGGCACCUGAGUGCAAACUUUUCUCUUUUUUGAUUUUUCCCCGACUUCCAGCAACUAAAACUCAGAUAUUUCACUUUUUAAAAAACUUUUUCUCAUGAAUAUUACUAAAACAGAAGGAGCUUGACACCUAAGAUUCUGGUUCUUCUUCAUUAGUUACUUCCAAUGAAUAUUCAAAGGGGCUGUUACUGGACAAAAGGAAGACCCUCAAGCAUUAACAUGAGGAAUUAAUGCUUUUUUGCAUCAUGUGGAAUUAACUUGAAGAGGCAUCGGUGAGAAGAAUCCAUGCUGUUGAGCUGACUCUUAGAAUCUUGCAAAGUUGUUUUUUUGGGCAUUUUUUAAGGGUAUUGCUGAAUUUAAAAUUUAAACAGUGAGUGUGGGAAGGAAAUGCAUGAGAACCCUGUUGAAAGACUUGCAAAAUCUGAAAAAUCAUUUCAGGUUUUAGUUAUAAGCACAUAUAAUAAUCUCUUUGGUUAAUGCAAAGAUCAGUGGGCACAACCGGAGCUAUAGUUUCUAGGAGUUAACCUACUGGCAAGCAUGAAGAGCAAAGAUGGCAGACUUUAUGUGUUUAAGAACAUAACAGAACAAAGUACCAUUAUUUCUGUUGAUAGUACCACACAGAACUACACAUUUAAAAUAUAAAAAAGUACAAACACACACACACAUCAUUCCUGCUUUACCACUUAUGAAUUCAAGGCACGCAACUCAGAGUUUCCUAUGUAUGUAUUACUUUCUUUAGCUGAGUAAAAAAAAAAAAGACAAAAAACUAAAAUGUUGUCAGACCCCACAUGUCAUUUGUACAAGCAGCUUACUGCAACCCAUAUUUACGUUUAUUGUUAGACCUCUAGUGGCUGUUGUAAUUAUGACAGGAGCAAAGGCAGAAGUUGAUGAGAUAUCAAGAGCAACAAAAUUCACAUAGGAAGGAUGUCGGGGUGGAUAGAUUGAUCAAACUAACACAGGACUUUGACCCAGGAGACUGCUGUUCAUGCCCUGUGUUGACUUAUUUUAAUUAGGUACAUAAGUUAACUUACCUAACGUACUUAACAAUCUAACAUAACCCACAUAACUAGGGCUCCACUGACUUUCCUUUAGUUGGAGCACUGUAGCCCCUAAAUGAAAAUUUUAGGAGCACACGCAGAAAAUUUAGGGGCACACUUAAAAUGUCCUGCGACGCAAUUAGUCAAACUUUUGGCGAUUUUAACUGUUUUACUGAUAAAUGCUUUGGUGAUAAAUGAACAUGUAUACAUGGCAUAUGCAUCAUACACAAACUUUUUUUUUGUUUUGGUAUGAGGACAUGUGUUGAUCACCUGCUACCAGUAUGGACGCUAAUUUAGGAUGUGCUCCUGUGGGUUGUAUUAGAGGAUAGGAACAAACAGCCUUUGUGUUUGUAUGGGUUGGAGGACUUGUUGUUAGAAACAUAAGCUUACAUUGUCUUACAGUAUCUUUUAAGUUAAUGCUCCGUUAGACUCACUGUUUUUAUUUUCUUGCUUCAUGUCUGAUUAUUCCAAAAUGCUGGAGAUUUGAUUGUGAGAUUAUCACAGAGACAAAUAUGACUGAAAAAUGCAUGUUUGUACAUAUAUUUGAAUAUGACAUAUAUCAAGGCACAAAAUACAUAGCCUUUUGUGUACUCUGUAUAUUUUUCUAGUCAGCUAACACAUUAUUGUACAUUACUCAUGUUACACUUUAAUUCAUAGUAGUAUAUUGAUAAGGAUAAGAUGUUUUUAGAUAAAGAAAAGGUCAAUGUUUCAGUGUUCAGGAAACAGAUUCAGCAGGAACUGACGUAUGUUGAUUCACUGAUAAGAUAAAGUUUGUCACCUCCAGUUAGAGAUAAAAAAUAUCUUUCCUGAUGCAUGAAGAGCUGCAGGUUUCAGCCCUCCAAAACAGGAAGUACACUUAUUCAUUUUCUUACUGAGAGUUUGAAGGGUAGAUUUAAGCUAUAAAGCUUAGCUUCUAUAAAGCUUGCUGGAUAACUUUCUGCAAGAAUUAUUUCCCCAAAUGCUGAACCAUUCUUCUAAAUUUAAUCUAAAUCUAAAUCUAAUCCAAAUACAUAGGCAUACUAUUUCUGUUUUUCAUUAUACUGAAUGUGUACUAUAACAAUUUACAAGACAUGAUUUCUACUAUGAUUUCUGAACUGAUUUUUAGAAGAAAAGACUAUCUCUCUGCCACAGGUAUUAUGCUAUUAAAGAAACCUAAAUAUAUCUGAAUGUGCUCGAUAGUGGACACAGAUAUUUAUUAGAUAUUACACUGGAUAUAUAUGUGUUAGGCUACAUUGUUCAGGCGUUAUUGUCUGAUAAGUGGCAUACAUUUCUUGAGACAGUUUUGAAAAACACACUUAUUUGUUUUCUUGGGUGAUUGAUACCACUCUCAUGUCUGAGAGUGGUAUCAAUCUUCUCAUCUAAUAUCUGAAAUGUCAAACUAUUUCUUUAAAGGAGCAGUAUACAACAUUCAGAGCAUGGAUGUAUAUAGAGAAAGUUGGUCAGUGGUCCAUGAAGCCAAAAAAACCUUGAUUUCUGUGGUGUAAAAUUACACGCAUUGUGCACAUUAAGGGGCCCAUAUAGUAAGGGUACAAGAGACUUCCACUGGUCGAGCGGCUUACUUCUGCUGGGCAAGCAGCUAACUUCCCAUUUAGUGCUCGACUAGGCAAACUUGAAUGGGGAUAAAAAUGAGAUAAUCACUCGUCUAGAUUGUUGAAUUGUCAUUGGACAGAAAAAAAAAAAAAUUCUGGGCCGACUGGCAUCACAUGGUUGUUGUUGUUCCACUCUUGGUCACUAUGUAAAACUGGCUCCAAAGCCUGGCGCUGUUCUUGGGUGCCUGAUUCAGAGUCUUAUUCAGGCUGUCUACACACGGUUCUCAACAUGGAGGUGGCUGAGUUCACUCAAAGAUACCAAUGCUAACAGUAACAGUGCUGACAGAACUAGCAGUUAGAGCUAACAGUUAACGUAAGGGGGAACUAGUGGGUGGAUACCAUACAUUCCUGACUACACUGUGGAUCAGGACAGUGUUAUCAGUGGUACCCUCUCCAGUGCAGGGCAACAGCAGUUAGCUAGUCAAUACACACAGGGACCGUCUGCUACAAAUAUUAACAGAGAAACUCAGACUGCUAUACACACAGAGAUUGCAUGGCUUCAUUCUCUGUUUAGGAUGCCAUUACUCAACCCUUUCUCACUCUGAAGUCAUGACGAAAAAAGCUGUCCUUUAACAUUGGCGUGAUACGCAGCCAGUCGCUGUUAUAGUUUAACAGCACUUGGCAGCAUCAGGGGGAAAUGUGGUGGGACAAGAACGAAAGUUAAGGCAUUGAAAGUCCGAGUGGAUGGGAGGGGUGCUGGAUGGGUCCAACAAACACUGACUUUCACCCGGGAAAGUGGUGUUCACUUCUCGUAUGAUUGUAAAGCCAAACUCUGUUCUUUUUUCCUAAACCUAACCUAACCAUGUUCCUAUGUGCUUCACAUUUCUUGUGAAAUGGCUUCCCAUAACGUCAAUGGCCAGUGCACCUAGGGUACCUUCCACGUCGUAUCUGGACGUGAAGGUCUAUGACCAAAUGUCUAUAGUCACGAGGUCGCAGUGAGAAUGUGUUGCUUUACUCCACUAUAUCUUUACAUAACAAAUAGUUGUUUGCUGCUAUAUUAAUGUUCUAAUGUUGUACACUAUACAGCUAUUUUAAAACAAAACCUCUUCACAAAGAUGAGUCUAGCUUUGCUUUGCAGACAUCUGUGCAUUUUUGCAAUACACAUUGUAUCAGUAAUAAUAGUAUUGCUAAUACAUUGAGCUAUAAUAGAGAAGGAAAAAAAUGAUCAAUGUAUUUUAAUAUUCUAAACUCAAGGUUCAGCUUUCUCUGGAGCUUUCAACCAUAUUCUGUGGUCAUGGAAUAUGAUUGAAAGCCCUCGUAAAAGCUAGUAAGGGAACCUUGAGUUUAGAAAAUUUUUUACUACAGAUAUGUUUUCCCAAUGUCCAGAAUGAGCCUUAAUGUUAAAAGAAAUUUGUAUACUAUAAACACAGAUGUGUGUUUUCCCAUGUUGGAGGUGUUACAAAAGAUUUUCUCAUUUUAAUUUUUGUAACAUAGUUUUGUCAAUAAAUGCUUGUUUAUACUGAAGAAAUGCUGUAAAUAAAAACAAGCUGUUUGAAACUGA